AUGACGCAAGCGUCAUCGGAUUUCCGAACGUGUCGGGAAGAGUUUCGUUGUAACGACGAUGGAUUCUUUACGUUCACUUCCACUGAGCAGAAGCGUGUAGAAGACUUGGUGGAAGAUCAGGUAAAAGGGAUACGGGAACACAGACCAAGGCGAUGUCCCUGCUCCAGUGCUACACAGAAGCCUCCACGUCGAUUAUCUAACGAAAGCUUUGAGGGAGGUUUGGAUGCAAGCCGUUCAUGGAUGUGCUACUGGGGACUGCACAGCUUGAAUAUACUUGGCGUAUCUUUGCCGCAUAAUCAGAAGGCCGAGAUUCUUGCAUUUCUGAAAACUUGCCAGCAUCCUGAUGGAGGCUUUGGAGGUGGACCUGGUCAGUAUGCUCAUCUAGCUCCGACGUAUGCAAGUGUUAUGGCCUUGGCUUCACUUCAAACUGAAGACGCCCUUGCGGCUAUCAAUUUAGAUUCGUUAUCGCGUUUUCUUCAUCGGAUGAAGCAGCCUGACGGGUCAUUUACAAUGCACGACGGUGGUGAAGCUGACAUCCGGGGCACAUACUGUGCUCUUGCUGUUGCUGCCCUUUGUGGUAUCAUGACAGACAAAUUGAAAGACGGUGCAGCAGAAUGGGUCAUAAAGUGUCAAACUUAUGAAGGAGGCUUUGGUGGUGAGCCGUUCACUGAAGCUCAUGGCGGCUAUGCUUUUUGCGGGGUAGCUAGUCUUGUAAUUCUUGAUAGGUAUCGUUUGGCCGAUUCGGAAUUAUUGCUGCAAUGGCUUUCCAAAAGACAGAUGCCAUUUGAAGGAGGUUUUCAAGUACGUCGAAGAAAUCUCAGUUCAUUCUCACAAGGCGUGUCGGACAUUUGUUUGUUUCAGGGCCGUACAAACAAACUGGUAGAUGGUUGCUACAGUUUCUGGCAGGCUGCGAACUUCCCUCUUAUUGACGGAGAGAUGGCUAGGGAGGGGCGUCUUCCUACUGAAGGUCUCUUCGAUGCUAGGAUGUUGGAAGAAUACAUACUUUUAUGCUGCCAAGAUGAAGCCGGUGGUUUCCGCGAUAAGCCCGACAAGUCACGAGAUCUCUAUCACACUUGCUAUGUUCUCAGCGGUCUGGCGGUAGCGCAAGCUUACUCGGCCACCCGCGAACCCGAUGGGAUACUUGGAGGAGCCCAAAACAGUGUGGUACCCAUCAACCCAGUUUUCAACCUCACCACUCUAAGCGAGCAAUUUGCCAUAAGUUUCUUUGGAAGAGGUGGCCGCUGA